AUGGAUCCUUACGAGAGAGGAGAUGCAGCUAAUAUGUCAAUGAGAGAGAAGUCAACACUGAAGAGGAGAAUCAACCGAGAACACAAUAGUAACUUCAGAGCUGGUUACAUCAACAUCAAUGAACCAUACCUCCACAAGACUGGCAUCCGAGGCAGGAAGAGAUAUUUUCUCUACUGUGUUGUUACUUUCCUUAUUCUUCUGGCAUGUGCCAAUGCAUUGCUAACUGCUGGGAUCAUGUAUGCCCUGAAGUUUUCUUACUUUGGCGUUCAGUCAUUGGAGUUUAUACCAGAUUCUAGACUGCUUCGCUUUCUUUCUGACACAACUCUUUCCACUGUUCAAAUAUUUGAUGGAUUUAUUGGAAGCCGCAAAAAUGCUUCACUUCUUUUCCAAAAUGAUAAUGGCCAAGUUGUUUUCAUGGCUGAUGCAGAAGAAGGGCUGAAUGAAAAGGCUUCUAGAGUUGAACUACAGCCGGAUAAUACAGAGGUGAAGUCUGUUGAGGACUUUAAGGUGUGGAGUCCUGACACUGAGAAGAUGCUCCUGUCUACAGGUCUAGAAGCAGUACAAGAAUGGCCAUCCGUUGCUAAUCAAGGCGUCAAUAUACACGCCCCUAUAGUGGAGGUCCCUGUGCUGGAAAGUAUGUCAGGAAUAGACGGCCUGAAUAUAGAAUCUUACCAAAAUACAGAGAUAAAAGGUAUGGAGGGAUUAGAGUUAUCUUCCCUUGGCAAGAUGUACCUCAUCACCAACAACAUAACACUACACUCCACGAGUGGUAAUGUUAUCAUGGAUGCCUCUAAUGGAGUGUACCUCGACAGCAACCUCCCAAGAGCAACCAGUCCUCCCUCCUCUUCUUCAGCCAACGCCUACAAACUCUGUGUGUGUAUGCCAAGUGGUCGAGUAUUCGCUGUCCAGGUUACAGGGCCUGGAGUUGGCUGUGGCGAUGCUGACCCAGACAACGACCCUUGUGCUUGAUUGGGGCCCAUUUCAUGUAUAAAAUUCCUAGUGCUGAAUUUUGUUUUUGUUAAAAUCCAUUUUGCCAAAGAUUUUAUUUAUUUGGAACAAGGUUUCAUCAUUGUUACUUCAGGAUUAUUGUUUAGUCUGUGUUGUGAAUUUAUAUACUAUAUAUGACAGAGUACUCUGGUGUUUUAAAAUGUAGACUUUUAAAUCAAUUUCAAAUUUGUAUCGUUAAGUCAAGUUUUAUAUAUAUAUCUUAUAUUACAUACUCAGAAUUUAUCAGAAAAUAGAUUCAAUUUAUCGGUAAUAUUAUGUUUAAAAAACCAGCUAAGCAGGAAACAUCAGAAAUCAGUUCUCUAUGGUGAAGUAAGUUGUAUCGUAUAACUGGCAUGUUGUGUCAUGUGAUAAAUAUCGUAAGACAUAUGAUUAAUUACGCAAUAAAUAAGUUGUGUCUUGAGGACAUCACAUGAUUUUGUUAGUAGUGUCCAUGUGGAAAUAAUUUGGUCUUGCAAGGAACUUAAUUUGAGUCAUUUACUUAUUUUUCAGAAAUACUGGUUACAUGAUUAGCACUCUUACUGAUGUAAAAUGGCAUUUAUUAAACUCAUUAAAUAGUUUGUUAUUACAUAAAUACUGGUGUAAUUAACAAACCCAUUAGACACCAGAAAUUUUUGAAAAUUAGACAGGUUUUCAAUUUGAUUUAAUCUUGCAAUUAAGAAAAUUUGAUGUUCACGAGAAAGUUCAUUGACAAGAGAACACCUGUGUAACUAUAAUGUUAUCGUGAAUUUGAAUUAGAUGCUCUCAUACUACACCUGUGAUGUUUUACUGUUCUAAAUCAGAUUUUUUUUUUGGAAGGGUCAUUCCAUCUCAGUACCAAAACUUUCUUCCAUACUGACCUGAAACUGAAAGAAAGAUUACAGUAACUUAGCAGUCGUGAAAAAAAAAAAAAACCUUUUAACGACACAAUUUUAAAUGAUUUUAAAUUUUCAAUGAAUGGAAAUAAAAUUUAUGUAUGAAACUGUUUUGUUUUGUCAAGUAUGGGGUAAAUCAUUCCGUCCCUCUGGUUUAUACAUGUCUGUGAAUGUUUGUUUUAGUAAUUUAUGUAUAGGAAUAUUUUUUACCUGGUUUCGGUUGUGUGGGAUGUCUGAUUGGCUUGUGAUCAUGCGUCACUGAUACUAAAAAGUUUUUGUUUUUAUCUUUGAUAUUAAUUCUUGAUAGAUUGUUAACUAAGUUGGAGGCAGUUUAGUUUGGUUGAUAAUGAUAUUAGCUUGAUAAGGCAUAAAUUUCAACUACUGUCUCAUGUUGUUUUAACUUAUACCACAAAAUAUUUUUAUGAAAAACAAAAUUUAACUUACUGAAGUAAUUUUAUCUUGAUCUAAUUCAAACAAGUUGUAGGUUUUGUAAUACCAGAAUGAUUUUAACAUAAUGAUUAUUAAGGAAGACUUAUAUAGACUUCCAGCCUACUGUCAAACCCAUUUGACAUAUUUAUCCAUGAAAUUUGCCUAAAUGAACAGAAAGUUACUUAAAUCAAAUGAUUUUUUUUCUGAAAAUCUAUUUUAAGAAAUACAAUUAAAAAUAAUGAAAUCUUCACUUGUGAAGGCAUUGUAUGGUUUUGUUGAAGCCUGGAGUGGUUAUGUAUAUAUUUAAUGACAAUAUUAUAACAUAUUCGAGUCUGUGUUCAUACAUCAUGUACCUGAAUGUAUUAGAUGAUAUUAAUAUGCAUUUUUUGCCAUUGAUAUUUUCUGUUUAAAUAGAUCUUUAUAAGAUAGGUAUACUUUUACAAAGUUGACGGUGUUAAUCAAGCAUUACUGAUACUGAAUUAUAAAUGAAUCUUAUUUAAUUGUGAAACAUUUUACAAAAGAUUAUGUAUUUGUGUCAACCAAAAAUUUUGAACAUUAUAUUAUAAAUUGUCUUCCAAAUAACAGCAUCAAUGUUAACAUUUACUCAGAAUGUCUCAAUUACAGUCAAGAUGUUUUUUUGUAUUUUUUCCUAAUGCCAUCAAGUUUGACGUGAAACUAUGCAAUAUCUUUUUGCAAUUAGAAGGUUUAAAUGUAAACUUAUAUGCCUUUUUUCUGUUUUCUUAUAUUUUAAAAAGUAAUCAUUAAUAGGGUUGUUAUUUAUUGAUUUAAAAAAAAAAUGCAAUGCAAGAUCAUAAGAGGCAAAGUUUUAUGAUAUACAUCAAGAUCCAUGCUUUAAUGAACCUUCUACUAAUCCUCUAAAACAAGUUACAAGGUCUGGUGAUGAAUUUUAAAGUGCAAUAUGACAAGGAUAUAGGAAUUUUGACCAUUUUUUUCUUUAACCCAAUAUUAACGAAACCUUGCCAGUUUCACUCCUUAAAUUCAAGAAUUUAUCAUUUCUCAAGUCUUAUGCAAGUGACUUGUAAAUGUUUGAGUUCAGCUUUCACUUUUUUAUAAACAUGAUGUGCAAUCCAAUACCAGCCCGUCAAUUUACCUUGACCUUCAUGAGGAGCUCUAAAUGAUCCGGAGCAGGUCCUAAAUUGUAACUAUUGGACCACUGUAAUCUAUGACCAUUUAUGUACUAUAAUGGAAAUUGUAUAUUAAAAAGAUCAUUUUCUA